AUAGUGUGUGCAUUCCGGAUCAGACAUUCGCGCGGUGUAUAUGCCUCGUGCUCAACAUUAUCGUAAACUGAAUUUUUAUUAACCAGUUUUAUUAUUAUUAUUACAUCGUAACAAUAACCAUUAUUUUUAGUAUCGAAUGACUGUUUCCAUAUUUAGUGACUACUUUAAUACACAUUACGAAGAUGUCUUAUUUUAGUGACAUUUGUGCUUGACUGUGAGAAAUUAAGAAAUUUAUUGUGAUUGUGAACUUAGUGAACUUGUGUUAUUUUUUUUAAUUAGUAGUAUAGACAUCCCUCAGUUUUUGAGGGAUAACUGAUAAUCAGCCAAAAUUAACGCGACAAUAAUGAACUCAUAUUUCGAACAAAGUGGCUUCUACGGAAGCCACCAUCAUCAGGGAACUGGUUCCGUUACAGGAGCACAUCAUCAUGAUCACCAAAGUGCAGCUGCGGCAGCUGCUUACAGAUCGUUUCCUCUUAGUUUAGGUAUGUCUCCAUAUGCCUCUAGUCAACAUCAUCAUGCACAUUCUUUACAUCAAGCCCGUCCACCUCAAGAUUCUCCGUACGAUGCUUCGGUAGCUGCGGCAUGUAAAUUAUAUUCUUCUUCUUCGGAUGGCCAACAAAACUCUGUAAAUUAUAGUUCGUCAACGACAAAAUCAGACUGUUCAAAAGGAAACGCGGAUCAAAACGGUUAUGCUUCGGUGGUAGCUGCUGCUGCAGUUAAAGACGUUUGGCAAAGUGCAACUUCAGGUGCCGGUGCAAAUCUAUCAAAUAGUCUCACAGGCCCCGUGCGUCCUGCAGCGUGUACGCCAGACUCUCGAGUGGGUUAUGGUUCAUCGGUAGGACUUGUUGGUGGCGAUCCGUCAUCUAGUCCCGGAGCAGCAACAGGAGGAAGGACGUCAAAUUCGUUAUCUUCAUGGAACAACCCAUGUUCAUUAAAUUCAUCAUCUUCUCAACCCGUUGGUACUCAGAUCCAUCAACAGACGAAUCACACAUUUUAUCCUUGGAUGGCAAUAGCAGGCGGUGGCGUUCUAGGUGCAAAUGGCUUACGACGAAGAGGCCGUCAGACGUAUACGCGAUACCAAACACUUGAACUUGAAAAGGAGUUCCACACGAACCAUUAUCUGACACGGCGGAGACGAAUCGAAAUGGCGCACGCGCUCUGCCUCACAGAACGACAGAUCAAAAUCUGGUUUCAGAAUAGGCGAAUGAAAUUAAAGAAAGAAAUUCAAGCCAUUAAAGAACUUAACGAACAAGAGAAACAAGCGCAAGCGCAGAAAGCGGCCGCCGCAGCAGCUGUAGCGCAAUCGGUAGUGGAGCAAAACUAGUGGCUGCAAGGGGAAAUUUCCUCGGAGGAGCAACAUGUCCUGUAAGCCUUAGACACUCUGGCAGUGCACCAUACAUCCGGAAACAGGAAGUGUUGCCAACCACACCAGGAAUUUCCACUAAAUCGGAUCAGCUAUCGCGGAAAUACGUACUACAACCAAAACAGGACUCUUCAUUGUGAAAAUUGUGUAUACUCUAGUGGAUAGUGUAAUAUGUAUACAGGAUGUUUUUAAGCCGUAGGGCAAGUACUACUAUGAAAGUCUAAACCUUUACUUAUUAUUUUAAUAGAAAAAUUAGCACAAAAUAAAGCUAAAAAUAAAGAAAUUGCAAGAUAUUUAUGUAUAAUAUAUACAUAUUGAUCGAAUU